AUGCCUAAGAAAAGGCAGCAUCUCAAGCCAUUCAAGCCAGCCCCGACGGCCUCUCCGGCGCCCGGGUCUUCGUCCAACGCAGCUGGCAAGACUCCCAGGAGCGUCAACGAGCUGCUGGCCAGCUUGCGGCACGCCUCUCUAGAUUCAUCAGUUCCGCGGCAAUUGCCCACAGUCACACCAUCUGUGCCGCCAGCCCUCAGGGAGAUACUGCAGAUCCCAGACACUCCAACCCCCGCACCCAGACGGCAGCACAGGCAGAGGCUUGACAACAAUGGCCGCCGCCUCCCAGCUGGGCCUCCUCCCCCACGAAGCUGGGUUGCUUCCAGCAGCGGUGCUACGCAUCUCCAAAGCCAGGCAUCCGGCUCAUCGACCGUGAACCGGUGUGGCCUCGCUGAUUCGACUUUGCCGGGCACGUAUCUGCCAGCUCCGCGAAGUCUCAUCGACAUCAUUCUCAGAAAAAUUGCUGCUGACUGGGACCUUCACCGCGUGUUUAAUCAGUACUAUUUGUACGAUGUCCCUGCACAUCUGAAAGCUGCCCUCAUUCGAUGGGUCGGCAUUGCAAGCCCAGAUGGUCUAUCGGUUCAAGACCUCAAACUAAUACUCCUUCCCUCUCCAGAAUCUCUGGAGGAGGCAGAAGGCGAUGACAUCUCUGAAUACCAUACCUCUGUCAAUGCUGAGGUAAAUUACUUGGAUUUGUCGGGCUCCUUAGGCCGUUCCCUAACGCUCAAGGAAGUUUCCGAGCUUCUGUAUCCGUCAAAGAAGCAGGAGGAUUCCAGUGAGCCUCAGGAGUCUUGGGACGAGAGCGAGAUCAUUCCCAGUCCUCCACGAGUAUUGUUACCCAAUCUCACACAUCUGUCACUCGCUCUCGACCCUCAGUUGGCCUCAGAAGCAUCGUGGAGACAGCUACUGGCUCUGUCAUCAAAGCUUACUACCAUCACUCAUUUGAGUCUUGCCUACUGGCCUGACCCAUCUCUUACUCCAAGAGCUCGCCUCUCCACGGUUACUACACCGCAGGAUCAUGACUGGAGCGAAGCGCUGCUGGUACUAAGGAUGCUCAGCAGAAACCUCUACGCACUCGAGUUUCUCGAUCUCACAGGAUGCGCACCAUGGUUCAAAGCCCUGAUGUUGCAUUCAGAACAUGAUUUCGUGGAUUGGGUCGGAUCGUGGGGAAAAGUGACGCUGCUUCGAAUAUACACAGGGUGGACUCCUGGAGAAGAUGCUCUUCCGUCAGAGUUGAUUGCUUACCGUGAGGCUAUAGACGUUGCGACUAUGGUAGAGAGAUAUAUCAGAGCUGCACGUGGGGGAAAGGGCAGGAUCAUCACGGUGGAAAGGAACAGGAUAGAUCCUUGA